AAGUACAACACCUUCUUGUGUCCAGUUUCCCAAAGAUCCACUCAGACUCGAGGCAGGUUGACUAUUAGGAACAACCGGCAGCGAUAGACAAUGAUGAGACGGUGAAGUGCUGCUUUUUAAAGUGUUUAUCGUGUAUUGCUUGUGAGGCUAAAAAAUACUCCACGACUUUUAGAAUCAAAUGACGACGACCACGACAUUUCAAGGAAUGGAGCCUGGUUCAAAAAGCAGUUCAAGGGUUUUGCGCCCACCCGGUGGCGGUUCAAACAUUUCAUUUGGGACAGACGAGGAGAAGCCCCCCGCCCGGAAAAACAAGAUGGCCUCCAGUGUUUUUGCUGAGCCAGAGGACCCCUAUGCUAAUCGAAGGAACAACCCACCAGGUGGCAGUGCCACAGGCGUGCUGUGUGGUGAGCCAUCGGCCCCCUUGAGAAGAGGAGGGAAUCAAACCACCAACAACUCUCCAGACGCCCCCACCACGGAUGUAGAAAAUUGUGUGCACAAUAAUGACAUCAGUGCUGCUGAGCCUGAAGCGGCCCCAGCUCAGCAAGAUGAAGCACCUCCAGCUGAUGAUUCGGCUCCAGGUUUACCCUCUGGCCGCAGGAAUCCCCCAGGAGGCAAGUCCAGCCUCAUCCUGGGUUAAAUCCCAGUCAUCUGCUCUCCUUACAUCCACUCAUGUCUGAAUUCAUCUUUUUUUUGUAACCAAGAAACCCCAGCCCAUUUGUGUGUACAGCAGGUACUCUAUCUGACGUCUACCAGACAGCAGUCUCCUCCAAGUGCAUUGUUUUGAUACCUCUUUUUUGAAAACUGUUUGUACUGUUUUUAUUAUUUGUUUCUUUUUGACAGAAGCACUUUAUGUAAUUUUAAUUACAUGGUUCAAAGUCUACCUUAUACCCUUGUAAUGCAUUAAAACUGCCAGAAAGGGUACAAGGAUCAUGUCUCAUAUCAACUAGUGGAAUAUCACCCCUAACUUUGUUGCGACAGCACACAGCCUGUAUGUGAUUAUACUGUAAGAGCAGUUAUUAGAACACAAGCAAAGAAAAAGCUGUUUCUUUUGCACUGUGUUCAGUUUUGACCCAUCUUGCAUGCAUGUCUGAUCUGAAUGUGAAAGGAAACAUAACUGUGAAUUUUACUUUUUUUCUAUUUUAACCUGUUAUUAAUUUUUUUGUGGAAAAAUUGUUGUAUCGUUGUUGCAUGAAGUUGGAAACUUUCUACUGAUUAGACUCAUAUUGUCCACAUAGGAGCCACAUAAAUUACUGUUAUUGUGAUCUGAAGGAUGCAAACCUUUGUCUUCAGAUGAUUACUGUAGGUCCCGUGUCAGAUAACUGAAUUGGAACAAGCCUUUUUUGUAUUGUACUCACCAAACUUAGGUUAUUGUAACCCCAGUGCCAAUUUUGAGUGCCCUGUGUUUUUAUAGGUAAAAUUUACUCUGAAAUAAAGUGUGCCUGUUUGUGUGUUAGGCUACAACAUCAAACAAGGUUGGGUUUUUCCAGUUGCAUCCUACCAGUGUUACCAUGGCACAGGAAUGUGGUUGGUCCUGAUACUGAAGUGUUUACUGCUAAACCCAUCCUAGAUUUGACAAGUGACCUUAUGACAGCUCAGCCUUUUUUUGUAUAGUUUGCCCGCAAAUUCAUUUUUUUAUUACCCCUCUGGCUAACUGGAAAUAUAAUGCAGUCUUUUAUGUACAUUUCAUGUUACAUUAUUUGAAACAAAAUUCAGAUCCAUUCUUACUCUGGUUCUGUUAAGUCACGUGUGUCUAUGACUGCUGUGUCAGCCAGCCGUCACGCGACAAAACCUACAUUUCAGGUUCAUGAGAUGUAGUUCAUGUGGUGUAUACUUUUCAUAUGUGUUACAAUGCAAGACAUUACUGUUUGCACCCUCUGUUGAUUCCUGUUGCUGGAUGUAAGACACUGCGGAAAUUUGAAAUCAAGAAAUGGCACAAAUGGAAAUGAAAAUUAAAAAUCAAUUUUGACCAUG